ACUCGCGUACGUAGGUUGUGUCGCGCGCUCGUCGGUUAUAAAAUAAAUUCUAUCGUAAAAAAAUACACUUCGAAAAUCAAACCAGUGUGUUUACAAGUAUGGAUGUGCAUUUAAAUUGUGAUUUCUAUAUUCAAUACUUAACGAGUUUUAAUGACUGAAUAAGUGACAAGGCCGUUUAUUGUUUAAUUUGGACCGUUAAAUGUUAACCUAUAAAAUAAACAAAGCGCACUGCAAUGGAGGACGUGUAUACAAUUAAAGUAAAAAGUAAACCAGAUACAAGGAAUUUGUAUCCAUCGGAAAGGAGGUAUUCGGCAUCAACUGUGUCUGGAUUAGCGUGGGUUCACAUUGCAUUGGCGGCUACGUCACUUCUGCUGGCCUGUUUGGCCAUUAUAAAUCCAAAUUCACAACUUAAACUUUCAAACAACAUUACUGAUGCUAACAAAACGGAAUUGUUAUUAAAUACGACGGAAUCGAACGAGAAUGCGACGGGAAAUAUCACGGAUGAGUGUAAUAAUGGUAAUAGAUAUGUUCUCGUGUUAGCACCCACUCUGAUUGCGGUGUUCGCUUUGGCGGCCGGUAUCACGUCUAUACUAGCUUCCGUGAGGUGGUAUAUAGAUCAUAAUAUAACAUGGUUGUUUGUUAUGUCAGUCAUAUCGACGGUGGCGUCGUUCACCUCCUUCAUAAUGAUAGUAGCCUGGUUCAUAGCGACCGCUGAAGGUGAUAUGUCCGAGUUUUAUAAAGAGAGAAUACCGUUUAAAGACUACAUUGUUGUUAAACAUACGGAUGUUAUAAACAGAAAUGGCUCGCACAUGAUAGUGUCUUUAAACUCCAAUACGGAAGAAACAAAUUCCUAUUUGUUUACAAAACGUGUGUUAUCAAUAAAUAUAUUGAUUGCAGCCUUUUUAGAGCUACUAUGGUCGUUGUUGAGCGUCAAGAUAUCGUAUAAAGGCAUGAGAAAUAAUUAUAAAGACGACAGCAACGAGAGACGCGGAAACUGCAUAUCUGUUGUGACUACGAUAAAGGGGAACGACCCUAAGAAUAUGCCGAGAAACGGCAAACUGAUGCCCCCAAAACCUGACUUGAUAGAACACUAUCCGAGCAAAAAGAUCAAAAGGAUAUUUUUAGCGCAGAGCGACAACGGGUUUUACUUGAAAAAUCAGAAUAAUAAAGCGAAACAAAACACAGAAACUAGUUCGGAAUUUUACAAGGAGCGUAUGAUGAACUUUUUAAACAGAUGCGCCUCUCUGGAAAUGUCCAAUACCGAAAUGAGGACUCCCAGCAUUCAGUCGGAGGCUGUACUUAAUCCUAUACCUGAAAUAGCUAGUGUCGAUAUUAAUAUACAAGAGAAUAACACAGAAAACGAAGUGAAAGACUGUAUAACACCGGUCAGUUGGGGCGAUACUCCCGACCAUACUGUUUACAACCAGAACACAAUAAAUUUCGACAAAAUAUUCAAGUUCGGUAAGAAAAAGGAGGGGGACAGUGAAAAGCCUAAUGAGAUAAGUGAAAAUACAGAAUAGCAAUAGCGUGACUGCAGUUUCUUGCUCAAUGAAUGGACUGGAAAGCGUGUUUUUACACGCAGAACUGCAUAAAACUGUUGUUUUAUGAAACGACCUUUGAAUUAUUUGGGUCGAUUAAUUGGCCGUGCGCUGACUGGCCCUAAAUGUGUACAGUCGAACGAUUGUGUAAGAUCUAACUAUUGAAUUAUAUCAAUUAUAAACUGUGUCUAUUGUUUAGAAUAUUAUUUUAAUAAUAAACGAUUUUUUUUACGUGUCAUAACUUUAUAAUUAUUUAAAAAUAUUUAUAGCUCUUGGCUAAUUUAAUUUGUUAAUAUUAAUUUGAGUCAAUGAACUGCAUUUUAAAUUUAUGUAUUUAAACUUUAUUGACCAAUAAAAUGUGGUACAAAAGGCGGA